AUUCAGCCAUAUUGAUUAUGGCUUUAUUUGGUAUAUUGGCUAAAUGUCAAGAGCAACUAACGCGCUCUCGCGGUUUCCACUCGCACUUUGCUUUCCUGUCAACAGUUCCAUCGAGAAAACCCGUUAAAGUGCGGCAAAAAUAAAUCGAAAAAUCGAUGAGAUGCCGACAAAAUUUUCGAUGAGGAUCGAUGAGUUGAUGGGUCGCUUGUAGGAAUCGUUUCUAACCUAAAAGAUAAUCAGUGCAAAUAACGCGACAAAGCUGCUUAUUACAAUAAUCAGUAAUAUUAAUAGUUUAUUGUUAAUUUAUAGGAAAAAAAAACAAUACAAUAGCUGCCAUAGAAUGCCUUUAAUAGCAGAGCUGGCUAUGGACGAGUACAUGGACAACUGUCGUACAUUUGUCUUCCAAAAUGAAGGACACACUCUUGGAAAUGCUUUGAGGUCUAUUAUUGUGCGAUAUCCAGACGUUGUGUUUGUUGGAUACACCAUUCCUCAUCCAGCUGAAUCAACCAUGAAUUUUCGAAUACAAACUAUUAGAUCUGUAAGAGCAAUAGAUGUUCUACGUCGGGGUUUACGAGAUUUAGAGCAAGUGUGUGAUCUUACUUUAGAAAAGUUCGACAAAGCUAUUUAUAAGUGUAAUUUAUAAGAAAUCACAAGAAUAAAUUUUAUUAAACUUGAA